GAGAUACAUCACGAGAUAGUGUUUUAUUAUUAUGAAUGACCCAACUGGAUUUGUUUUUUGUUUAUUGACACUAUGCUCGGAGAUCUCGUGUCGUGACAAUGAGAUCGAUAACCAAACAUGGAUAGGAGACUUCGUAGAAUCCGAAGAACUGGGCGAUCAUGUUAUAAGAAAGCGGUCCGUAUCUCCAGAUGAUGCAGACUCGGACAUAGUAGGGUAUUGUGGUACUUCAACAUCAGAAAUUGAUGCAGACAGCGAUUCCGACAGAAGGAGGUACGGUUCCUCGAGAAGAGUCAGAGAUGCAAGUUCGUAUAGGAUCAGUAACGAGUCAUUUGUAAAACUACGACUAGUAGCCGAUAGAAGUAUGGUGGAGUACUACCAACGAGAUCGAGAUGAGCUGUUGCAUCAUGUCAUUGGCCUCAUUGCUCACGUGACUUUUUUGUUCAAGCACGUUACGAUAGGUAACCCGAUAUCGCUAUUUUUGGUGAAUGUGGAUAUAGAAAAUGGACAUUUUUCCGGUGGAAAAUCAUAUGAUAUGUUGGAGAAAUUUUGCCAGUGGCAAAAACAUCAGGUGAAAGAAGGACAGCAUGACGUUAGCAUUUUGCUAUCCAGAGAUAAUAUCUGCAGUAAGAAUGAGUCAAACAUAAGUAAUGCCACCUGCAAUUAUCUGGGGGUCGCUAAAAUCAGAUCGAUGUGUAAACCAGGUUGUGCCAUAGUUCAAGAUAAAGGAAUUGCUACCUCAUAUACCAUAGCCCAUGAGUUGGGACACGUUUUUGGGAUGCUACAUGAUGAAGAUAAAAAGUGCGCUAAUUUCAACAAGGACAUAACUUCAGUAAACAUCAUGAGCAAUUCAGUACAUUCAAGAUACAAACCAUUUAAAUGGUCACCUUGUUCAAAGCACUACAUCACAGAGUUCCUCGAUUCAGCUAGCUCUAGUUGUUUAAAGCGACAACCUUUGAGCAAUUUCAUCGUCCAGGGCUUCGAUACCUACAUAGACAAGUUACCAGGAAUCGAAUACGACCUGGACAGGCAGUGUGAACUUCAGUUUUCUCCUGGAUACAUGCAUUGCAGAUAUCUUUAUCAGCCUCAUGGAAAAAUACCACCAUGUGAACAUCUAUAUUGUCAAAACCAGACGGGUAAUUCAUGCGUAUCGCUGUACUUACCAUGGGCAGACGGCACCUACUGUGGACCAGAGAGUAAAUGUUUCAACGGAAACUGUACAAGAUCAGAUUCAUUAAUACCUAUCAAUGGAGGUUGGGGAGAAUGGACAGGUUGGGGACCAUGUAGUAGGAGUUGUGGAGGAGGAAUAACCGUAUCAGAACGAUUCUGUGAUUCUCCUAAACCAAUGAAUGGGGGUUCUUACUGCACUGGACCUAAUAAGAAAUAUGAAUCAUGCAAUACACACGAUUGUGAUCCGAAAGUUCCCGACUUUAGGGAUGUACAGUGCUCAGAGUUCAACGGUAAUCCACAAAAGCUGCUCGGUUCUAAUUCGAGCACAACUUACAUUAGAUGGACAGCAGAUUUUAGCAAAGAGGGACCUGAGGAUGAAUGUAAGUUAUUUUGCAAAACAGAAGAUAGAAGCUUAGGUUCACAUUCCCUAAAAGCUAAAGUAAUUGAUGGUACAAAGUGCGGACCAACAGGCUACGGUAUAUGUGUCAAUGGAGUUUGCAAACGGGGAGGAUGUGAUAACAAGUUGAAUUCUGAUCUAGAUCUAGACGACUGCGGUAUCUGUGGAGGAGAUAAUAGCCAAUGCCAAGAAAUUUCCGGUAUCUACAAUACCACAUCAGACACUACAGGCUAUACCAGAGUUGUUAUGAUACCGAAAGGGAGCUCAAAUCUCAAUAUUAGCCAGUAUUCUUCAUUAGUGAACAAGGCUGAUACUAACCAUCUGGUACUUCAAGAUGGUGAAACCAACGAGUACAUCUUGAACGGGAACUUCAAGGUGAUGACGGACAGUUAUAGCAUCAGAUUCGGCGAUGUAAUCCUGAAGUACAGUGGUGUCAACAGCGUGACUGAAUGGAUCACCAGUCCCAAAAACAAGACGCUACCCAAAGACUUAUACGUCUUCAUUCUGUCAGAAGACAAUUCUUCGCCCCCAAACAUCAAGUACAGAUAUGUCAUCGAUAAAGAGAAAGCACCUAGGUAUCCAAAAUAUAGCGAGGCUAACAAGUGGUUCGGAUAUUAUAAUGAUGCUCCAAGCUACGGCUGGAUGCUGUACCAGAAACAGCAAUGGUCGAAAUGCUCCUCGAUAUGCGAUGGUAUUCAAUACCGUCGCCCAGUGUGCGUGGAUCUGGUGACGAACGCGGAAGUGCCCAACAACAACUGCAACAGCCUGGAAGAUAGCCAGACCCAACGGAGGAGUUGCAACACUCAUUGUCAAUUAACCUGGAGCGUCUCCAUGAAGAGCGCUUGCUCCCAGCAGUGUGGAAAAGGUACACGUCGGGUAUAUUACAACUGCACCAAACUGUACAAGAACAAACCCAACCAUAGUGAAAUCGUAAACGAAAAGCACUGUAACGUAUUAUCCAGACCACCACAGCUAGAGAUGUGCAAUACUGUCUGCAAUUCCACUAGAUGGCACUACUCUCAAUGGUCCGAGUGUUCAAAAUCAUGCGGUGGCGGAAUCCAGAGACGGACUGCGAAGUGCAUAGACGACAGUUAUACGCACAUCGACGACUCAUAUUGUAACAACACCGAGCUAGUCACGGAGCAGAUAUGUAACGCUGAAAGCUGUCCCAACUGGGUCGUAGUGGAAACAACACCUUGUUCCGCUCCUUGUGGUCGUUCAGGCUACUUUAACCGCACCGUAUACUGCGUCCAGAACGACCGCAUCCAUCCAGAGUCGCACUGCGAUAAAUCGCGACGCCCUCUGGUGCGGGAACCGUGCAACAGGCGACCGUGCGGACGAUGGGCACCCACCGACGCCUACUUUGAUUGUUCCGUGUCGUGCGGAGAAGGCGUAGAAAGGAGGAAAUACCGAUGUGUCAAGUAUGAUGAUGAUAUGAAGACGGUGGAAGAAAGUUACUGUGCCGAUGAACCUAUGCCCAAUGAGAGUCGCGUGUGUUACAGGGAGAAAUGCGAGCGGAUUCUGACUUCAUACGAAAGACGAUAUGGGCAGAAGGAUGACUUUGACAACACUAUUCAACCUUACGUCAGACAUGUUUAUCAAUGGACGCCUUACAGAUGGACUUCGUGUUCAAAAAGUUGUGGGGGAGGGGUCAUGCAGCAAAAAUACAAAUGCAUCAACGAAAAUGAAGUUGAAGAUGAAAAUUUGUGCGACCCAGCUCAUAAGCCGAACAGCAUCGUGAAGUGCAACAAUAUCCCUUGUCCGGCUUGGAUUACAGGAGACUGGAGUCCAAAUUGCGACUCUAGUUGUCAAAGACACAGACAAGUUAGAUGUAUGGAUAACUCGCGUAAUAUUCUCAACGAGAACCAAUGCGAUAUAUCAAGAAAACCAGACGAGUCGACAAAAUGUGAUCUCACGGAAUGUACAAGUGUUCGUUCUAGCAACGAUAUUCCUAGAUUAUACUCGAACGAAGUCGCUAAGCAACGAUACAGGUGGAGAGUAGGAGCUUGGAAACAGUGUUCCACGUCUUGUGGUCGCGGUACAAGAUCCAGGAAACUGAACUGCGAAGACACCCUCACUGAAAGCUUAGUUGUGGACCAACUGUGUUUGGGCAACGGCCUCCAAAGACCGAAGACUAGCAAAGCCUGCGAGAAGUACGCUUGCAGGUUCGCCUGGAUCGAGAGCUACUGGUCCUCUUGUUCCGCUACAUGUGGAAUGGGUACCAAGACUCGCAACGUCACUUGUCACAAAGUCCAACAUGGCGGUUUUAUAGAUCCUGUCUCGCUACCGGAAGUUUACCAAAACGUAAUUUCGGAAAACAAUUACUGCUCCUUCCGGGACAAGCCUCCCACUACGGCAAAAUGUAUUCUCAGCAAAUGCGGAGAUGAAUUCAUAUGGCAACCGGAACCUUGGAGAGAGUGUUCUCACAAAUGCGGAAAGAGGGGCAGGCAAACUAGAAGGGUACACUGCGUAGACGUAAGGACGAAGCAAAAGGUACAAAGGAGAUUUUGCAGAAGGAACCUGAAACCACCAAGGAAACGGAAAUGCAAUCAGUUUAGAUGUCUCCCUAGAAGUUGCAAAGAAAUGAAGCAAUACAUGAGGACCAACGAGAACAAAGACUAUAUCAUAUCCCUCAAGGGGAGACCAGUACAAAUACAUUGUUAUAGGAUGGAUACCACGGAACCUCAAGAAUAUAUCAGUUUACAUCAGGAUGCACAGAACUUCGCUGAAAUCUAUGAUAAAAGAUUGCUAAAUAUCCAUUCCUGCCCGUACGGUGGAACCCGUAAGGACGACUGCGCAUGCGACAAGGUCGGUCCCGAUCGCUCUGGAAUGACGCGUUUCUGGAAGGUGCGGCUGAACAUCACGACCAUGCGCAUUGUAGGCGAUGACUACACAUUCUCGCAACAGCUGAAGGGCACAGCAGUGCCCUACGGAACGGCCGGAGACUGCUACAGCGCCAUCGAAGGGUGCGCGCAAGGCAAGUUCAGUGUGGAUCUUUCACGGACAUCAUUCAAGCUGGGGAAGAAUGUUCGGUGGCAGAAGAUCGGGCAUAAUCCAUCCAUGGACUUCAGCAGGAGGACGGCAACCAAGGUCAGUGCGAAAUGUGGCGGUUACUGUGGUAACUGUCUGCCCGAUGCCAACAUAGGCCUAGCGGUGGAGAUAACCUAAAUCGAUUUCGAACUUGGGAACACGGGCACAUGUUCCGAGGAAGAAAGAGACCAAAUCAGCUGCAGGCGCAGCUUCAAUAGGACCACGCAUGGAGGCGUGCGAACAGAAUACGUCUAUGUCGCUUUACGUAACAAGAAUCAGAUGUCGGAUCUUCUUACAGAUUUUCUCUCUUUUCGCGUUUAUUUUUUAAGGAAUAACUGCCCAGUAUUUUAGUAUUAAUUUUCUAGCGUGUGUGUAAAUGGUAAAAAUUGCGGCAGAGUACUGUUGUCAUGGAUCACUCAUUGAGAGCUGUACAUUUUUAAAAAUGAUGGCAGGUAAACUAUUGCACGUUUUCCAAAAAUCUGGUAACUUCUCUAGUCUGUGUCUUCCGUUGUUUUAUCACAUUCUAAAGUGUAGGUAAGAUUUCGCCAAACUGGUUCGACGACAGAGUUAUAGAAAUUACUAGGCCCUACUUCAUCUUGACCGUAUCGGCACACCGGGUCCGUUCUUAGGACCUCAAAUGCUCAAAAAUCAAACGAAACUUAAAAAAUGACUGACGUAUUACGCUCUAUACUGAGGCCCCUUCAGCUGCAGGCCCCAAGCUUGUAAUGUGCCCAGCGGCUCUGCCUACGCUUGAAGUAAUCAAGCAAAUAUGCGAUGAAACAGUUAAAAACUUAACAGAAAAUAUUGAAGACAGUGCUCACCUUUUACUUGUUUAAGACACGUGCAUGGAAAUGAUCUGAAUUCAACCUCAACAAAUCUUGAAGACACUGUAACCUAACAUGAUAUCGACAAACCCAUUAUUCCUAUAGUGGCGUGUCAUUUUCAGCUUUUUCAAAUGCGAUUUAUAAACAGUUUACCUACACAACGGGUUCAAUAUUGGAAUUUUAGUAUUUGCAUUACCAGGAAAAUUUACUAUUUCUGCAAGAACUAUAGCCGUGUGAAAGAAAGGCCAAACUUUAGGAACAACCCGUAUACAAGAAAGUCGGUGUACAGUCCUAACUUAACAACAACAGCUGCUAAAAUUUUUAUAUUAACACUGCCAUAUCAAAUUUUUCUAUAACAAAUUUUGACGAAUACUCUAUAAAAAUUAGGUUCCUCAAGGUAUCCCGAUACAUGUUUAUAAUUCAGAGUAGGAGACUCAUUAAGAAGAGUGAAAUGUAAUUUCAAACAUGUGUCAGUGUAAGUUUGUCAACAUGACAACCAAGAAAAUUGUAACAAAAUUGGCACUUAUAGGUUUGGAAUUAACACAAAUCAGGCGUUGAAAUUUGCAAGAACCAACGACUGAUAUGAAGUUAAUUCUAAUAAAAGAAACUUGAUGAACCUAUUUUAAUACAAGCCUUUGCCUCACAUUGAGGCGUGACUUUUAUAAUCUUUUAUGAUUCUCUUUGCCAUAAGCUACGUGUAUUUAUGUGUAUAUUGUAAAAAAGGAAUGCUUUAUAGCUUUAAAAGACAGUUGUUUACUGCCACUGAUCCACGAAAGAUGUCGGACGGAUAAUGUGUUUCGACAUUUCUGCUCAGAUUUUUAUAUUUAAUACCCUCUUCAAGAUUUUAAAUGGCCUUAUUUUAACGGAGCUUUUGCUAUAUUCGGUAAAAAAUGAUAUCCUGAUAUGACAAAACAAUUUAUUAAGCAUUUGCAUGGUUAAAACUCGAAUAUUAGUUGAAAAAAAUCUGAAAUGUGUAGUAGAAAUGUUAUUCAACGCACAUUAGAAAAAUGAGUCUCGGCAAAUUUUGAACAAGGUGUUUAAAUGUUAUUUAUUGGAGCUAUUACUGCCAGUGUUGUAUAUAAUUUGUAUUUAUUUUUUAUUUAAUAGUAUGCAGAGCUAGCGAGUUUUAUUAUUUUUUUAUUUAGGAGAUGGUAAAAUACAUUGCCUUUGAUACAGGAUUUAAUAUACAAAAUUUCCGACAAAUGCAUUUCAACCUUUCGUUUGUAUUAUUUAUCAACAAAUAAUUUUGUAAAUGUACAGUAAUAUAAAAUGCACAAUAUAGCUGAGUAUUACUUUGAUACCAACCUUGCCGUCAUCACGAUCUUACUUCAAAUGUGGAGCUUGAGAUCCCUUACAUUGCCUCUCGUAUUCAAUGGAUAUAAUGUAGAUUACAA